AUGAGAGCGGAAGAUGCGACGCAGAGCUUGAGCAUACCAGGCAGCUCAGGCCAGGGGAGCAAGCCGAGAUCGGGCUCACGAUCGCCCAGUGGCUCAGUCAUCUCUGCAGCCUCGACGCUCGGGCGUCAGUCACACUCGAGCACCUCACCCGAGCUCAGCUUCGGCUCGAUCGUCUUCACCAUGAAGGGCAAAGAUCUGAUCAAGCCAAGGAUGAGCGAGCUCACUCCGCCGAGCAACAUGCUUGGCUUUGCGACCCACACUCCGAAAUCCAGCAGCCUCGCAAAAGCCUCCAGUAGCGCCACGAAUGGUAUGCCAGCGGCUGAACCGCCCAGUCCCGCUCGUAGAACGUCAGCUCGCACUAGUCCAGCUACGACGCCUAGGUCACUGAAGGGCAAAGAGCGAGAAUCGAGCGCAACACCGACUUCGUCACCCGACACUCCGUUCCAGCGGCUACCGAGCCGAUCAGCAGACUCACCUGGCUCACCCACCGCAGCUAGAUCCAAGUCACAGCUAAACGGUCAUACGUCAAAGACAGAUGGCAUCUGGAAAGAUCGCGCAAGAAAUCCCAAUCUGCCCACUGCCAGAGCAGCUCCUCGUUUGCCGCGGCAAGCUGCAGGCUUCACUAUCGCGGACAACUUGAGACCGCCCGUAUCGGCUCAAGUACCGAGUAUGCCUCCGCCAAAUUCGACUGCAUCCGAGCAGAGCAGGGAGGAAAGCUCGCUCGAUCCGCCAGUUUCGGCAGAACCGACUCAGAACAGCCUCGUCGGGCCGCCUACUGGCCAGCUAGAAGCAAUGAACAUAGCUAGAAGCGCACUGAAAGACACAUCGCCCAAGCCAGCCGUCAAACCUUCGUCGUGGGCUGCCUUGUUACGCAAGCCCGAAAGCGAGAACGGGCAGCGGCAGGCGAGUCAACAGCGGACAGCUCAGACGAAUGGUCACCUCGACGUAUCGCCUCCGCUCAAGCGUCGCGUAUCGAUCCAAGUGCCAGGAGCGUCAGAGCCUGUCCUUCCUGGCAUCUCUUCCCCUCCCACAGCCUCGACCGAAUUUUCUGCUUUCGGGGAGACACAGACUAGCCAACUUGAUGGGCCGAGUCGGCCGGUCGUUGCGCCAAGAUUGGUGACACUUCAAGACAAGCUCGGAUCGGUCGUCACCCGCUUCGAUGCACCUGCCUUCUAUCCACGCGGGCUGGUGAAUACGGGCAAUCUCUGCUUCGCAAACACUAUCUUUCAAAGUUUGCUGUAUUGCGGGCCAUUCUAUAAUCUGAUCAGUCUGUUAGGGCAAGAAACCUCGUCAGAUCUGGGCGGAAAGACGCCUCUUAUGGAAGCCAUGAUCGUCUAUCUGCAGCUGUUCCGCAUCAUGAACAGGCAAGAGCAAGAUAAAUUGAGCGCGCUAGACGCAAGCCCACCCGAGCCUCCCACAGCUUCCGAUGGCGAGCCUUUCGCGCCGGAGAUGCUCUACGAUGCCAUGAAAAUGAACAAACGCUUCGAUCAGAUGCGUCGUGGACUGCAAGAGGACGCCCAGGAGUUCCUCGGCUACUUCCUGGACACGCUUCACGAAGAGGUUCUUUCGGCCAUCGAUCGUCACGAUGAGCUGCUUGGUAACAGAACGCGACAAGCUGCUCAAGCAAGCAACGCGCCUGCCGAUGAUGGUUGGCUGGAAGUGGGCAACAAGGGCAGGACUGCCACUACCCGCAGCUCCGCUACGCGCGAGUCACCAAUUACUAGCAUCUUUGGCGGGCGGCUUCGUUCUGUGCUGCGGUGUCCGGGCCAGAAGGACUCUGUCACCCUCGAGCCUUUCCUGCAGCUCCAGUUGGACAUAGAAGAGCCGGGCAUUCAUACCAUAGAGGACGCCCUCAUUGGUCUCAGUCAGCCCGAGCUUCUUCAAGACUUUGCGACGCAGCAAGGUCAAGUCGUCACAGCGAGCAAGCAACUCUUCCUCGAAGCCAUUCCGCCCAUCCUUGUGUUGCAUCUGAAAAGAUUCAGCUACACGAGCGCAGGAGGGAUUCUCAAGAGCAAUAAGAUCAUUGGCUACGAUCUUGACCUCGACUUGCCGUCUGCUAUCCUCGCGCCUAGUCUCAAAAUGCAGACCGGUAUUCCACGGUAUCAACUGACAUCAGUCGUAUAUCAUCACGGCAAAUCCGCUUUAGGUGGGCAUUACACGGUGUCAGUGAGGCCGCCCGCUCCUUUCGCGGCCAAGCCUGCCGGAACGACCGCGGCGGAAGUCUCAGCCAAUGAGGCGCAGCAAUGGUAUCAUUUAGAUGAUACGCAUAUUCGCAUGGUCCCUCCAGCUCAGGUGGCCGUCAAUCGAGAAAAAGAGAUCCUCAGGCUCAGCUUGCCGAGCGCGUCUGCUCUCGGCGGCACGAUCGAGAAGAGCGCAUACUUGUUGUUCUACCGCCGUCCCGGCACCACGAGCGAGCACGCGCGCAAAGGUAAUGCAAACGCUUAUAGCUGGACAUGCUUCCCCUCGCUGCCGGUCCGAGCUCUAGUGAGAUGGUUUGACACCCUUUGCUAUUGA